AUGGAAAAAGACUUUUCAACAAGAAUAAGAUCCUACUUUGAAAGAACCUCAAACGAUCCAUGGGGUCAAUCUCCCUACACGGUCACUGUCAAUAGUUCACAACCAUAUUCCAUCUUUUACUUGAAUAGUAGUAAUGGAAGAAAUUAUCAAGGUCUCAUUCAAUUCGGUUAUUCAGGACCAAAUAAUUUUAAUGCAUUUCGUGAAGUGUUUGUCUAUGACAUUUCAGAAUCAGAUCCUUAUUUGAGAGUACAUAACAUGUUGACUACUUAUUAUUAUAAUUAUCCAGUGGAGUAUGAUCCACGGACUGGAACUGGAGGCACUUUUUAUCAAAUUGUGAAAAUGGAAAGUAAAUAUUUACCAGCAUUGAUUUUUCAGUGGAAGGCUCCAUCAAGUAUACCACAAGAAGAGUGUGUGUCAAGUAUGGACGCUUCUUUACAGUCUCUCUCCCAUCCAAUGUUGUUGGCAAGUGACAUGCAACCAAAUAAGGAAAACAGUUUUUACAAACAAGAUAAGGAAGGAAGAAGAGUCCAAUUUGGUCCUGCUCGUUACUAUGUCGAAAGAAGUGGCAAAGUUUGGGACAAUAUCAACUUUACUUACUCUGUGCCAUCUAUUUAUUGCGUAAAUCGACAAGAUGGAAGAAUUUGCAUCAUGUACAUUGCUUUCGAAACUGAUGGUUACUUGUAUUUGUACAUGAAGUUUUAUUGGCCUAAUGGACAAUUACAAUCCUUACUUCGUGCAAAAUCAACUCUUCUCUUGACCUUGUAUUUGGAUAAUGGAGAUGUUUGGGAAGGACCAGAUCCGUCCUCACUGUUGUUGUUGAAUGGACACGAAAGUUUACAAAAUCAGCAACAACAAGAUUAUUGUGAAUGGAAUCAAACUGGUGAUUUAAACCUUUUGGGAAAUCCAAAAGUGAAAAUUCCUUUUCGAGGUUUGUUAAAAAUUGGAGAUUCCAUUUUAUUGCAAAAAAGUGAAGUAUGUGACUGGCCUUUGGAAGUAAUUCAUCAAGUGUUGAUCACUCCAAAGAAGAAGGGAGGAGUUGGUUUGCAUUCUCAACAAUUGAAAAAUUUGAAAAUUUACGGAAAUAUGUUGGACAUGAUCAUGAUGGAUUUGAAAGAACAUGGAGAGUCACAUGCCAUUCAAGAAAUGUCAAAAUCUCUUCAUGAUGAAUAUUUUGUUGCAAAACUUGUUGUUCAAUGGGUGAAACGAAAUUUAUGUAAUGAACAGGACGACCAUUCUUAUUUACAAUAA